UGCAAUAUCAAAACAAAUUCAACGGUAAUAUUGCCGCAAGACGUAAACGUUGAAAUGCUGGCUGGUUAAUAAUCAUUAACACUACAUCAAAGAAUAUUGCUUUUUACUAAUUGGCCACGGUAAAGUGAAAACGUCAGUUUUUGCGACAAUAUUAUGGGUAGUGUGGACUUUACGUCAGUGUAACUUUACGUCUCCGUGGUGCAACCGGGUGCAAGGCAAUGUAUCCAUGAUGCAAGGUGCAACCAUUGACAUAUAUAUGCAACAUGGGUGCAACGAAACACAGCUUUAUUAACUACUUUCAACUUAUCAUAAGUGUGGACUUUAGAGCCUAACCUCAAGAGGACUUACACACAGGUGGUACAAAAGGCAGCUGAAAUUUGUCUGAUUGCCAGUUUGAUUUGUGGCACGUUUAUCUCUGCUUGAGCUGCACCGUCGGGGUCGCGCUGCUCUUUGACAAAAUAAUCUCAACACUUACACAACCUUAGUGUUUCCUACAACUUGGCAAGACGGAAAUAAUAGCAUGCAGAGGAACAUAAACACCUGAGAUAGGUAUAAGAACGGCAGAAGAUGGUGGGAGUGAGGAGGUAGAAGAACGGCAGAAGAUGGAGGCAGUACGGAGGUGGAGGUCGGACUGGAGGUAUCCCACUACUUUGCUGUGCAUUUACGGAUUCUUCAGCACAGUUAAACCCCUGGAGCCUUUCCUCAUCCCAUACUUGACAGGACCGGAGAAGAAUCUGACUACAGAACAGGUAAACAAUCAAAUUUUCCCAGUAUGGACAUACUCUUACCUAUCUGUGCUGGUGCCGGUGUUCCUGCUGACUGACUGGCUGCGUUACAAGCCUGUGGUGGUGUUCCAGAGUGUCACCCUCUUCAUUACCACAGCAAUGCUACUCUGGCUGAAAAGUGUAUCAGCCAUGCAGGCCAUGCAGUUCUUCUACGGGGUGGUGACAGCCAGCGAGGUGGCCUACUUCUCCUACAUCUACAGUGUGGUGGAUCAGAAGAGGUACCGGAAGGCCACCUCUUACUGCCGCAGUGUCCAGCUCCUGGGCUACACAGUGGGCUCCGUGCUGGGCCAGCUGCUCAUCAGCUUCAACCUCAUGUCCUACAACAACAUCCUGGUGCUUACUCUAGUUCUCACCGCCAUCGCUCUCCUUGUGUCCUGCCUCCUGCCAAUGCCACAGCAGAGUAUGUUCUUUCAUCGCAGACAUACUGGUCAGGAAACGGGGACAGAAGGAGCAAAGAGGCAUGAAGAUGGGACUUGGGAUGAAACAGAACACACAAGCAUAGCAAAGAUAUCCCUGAAAGAAAUAAGAGAUGAGAAGGCAGAGGAAACAGACACAGAGGAUAAAGCAGGAGUGGGACUGGAUGAUAAAGGUCCAAGGACUGAGGACCUUGAGGAGUUGGUUGGUGCAGAGAGCUGCAGCAAAGUCCUCAUCCUGCUGUGGAGGGACUUCUGCCAGUGCUACUCCUCCAGACAGUUGCUCUACUGGUCAGUGUGGUGGGCAAUGGCCACCUGCGGCUAUAACCAGACUGUCAACUAUGUGCAGGUGCUGUGGGAGCAUGUGCAGCCUUCUCAGAACUUAAGCAUCUACAAUGGAGGCGUGGAGGCAGUGUCCAACCUGUUGAGUGCAGCAACAUCUUACGGUAUAGGCUUUACUGAGGUGAGAUGGGAACAAUGGGGAGAGCUGGCCCUUGGUGGUUUCUCUGGACUCGGGGCAGCAGCGCUCUUUCUCAUGACCUUUGUCGGCAACAUCUGGGUCUGCUACGCUGGUUACGUCAUUUUCAAGUGCCUAUACAUGCUGCUGAUAACAAUAGCGAUGUACCAGAUUGCAGCUGACCUGUCAAUGGAAAGAUAUGCACUUGUCUUUGGAGCAAACAACUUUGGCGCAUUGACUUUACAGACAAUCAUCACUUCUGUUGUGGUGGACAGUAGAGGACUGGGCCUGGGUAUCAUUCCUCAGGUGAGCAGUCUGAUCAGAAAAUUGUCAGUCAGGCCUUCAGUAGAUAUAGCAGAAGUGUUUGUAUGUCCACUCAUCACUGUUCAACGCUUCUUUCGCAGUUCACCAUAUAUGCCAGCUACUUCUCAUUCAUCGCUGUUGUUUUUUCACUUCGGGGACUGUUUAUCAUUUGGAGAGCACAGAGAAACAAGGAGUCCACCCCUUCAGUCAAAAAUGAACCUCCAGAGUUGGAGGAACACAGAUUCUGAAUCCAAGGGAUUUGAUACUACCAGCAGAGAUAAUCACUUGUGCUUUUUGUUCUAAUCUAACCCUAACCCUGUGUCCAAGUGACAACAUGCUGAUUUUAAAGCUUCAAAUUACUGACUGCAACACCAUGAAUAUAAACCUUAUAUAUAUUUUUAUAUAUAUAUAAAACAAAUAAAGAAUACAUUAAUAUAAA